AUGGUACUACUGUCUAAUGAUUCAACUGAAGUAAAUAUCUCCGACUUCACCAACCGCCUUACCCAGCAGAUGCUUCAGCUUCGACCAGUAGCCCCUCGCCAAUCACUUCAGAAAGCUCAAGUUAAUAAGAAUCUACUCACUUGCAAAUUUGUAUUUGUUCGC